AAAGUAGAUAAACAUCUAAAACAACAAACAGUACAGCAGUGUAGCUCUAUGAUUUGUUUUCUACAUACAUCUUCCUCCUCGUCUCUUCUACUACUUUUCUCUUUCUUCUUUUGUACCUUCCAUUAAAAAUUUCUAGGGUUCUUUUUUCUUUUUUUUUCUAAAGUUUUCAAUUUUUAUUCAAUGAGAGCUCGGAGAAGGAGAAUAUGGGUUUGAGAACUGAUACUAUGGCUUCUCCGUUUCGAGUUAUUUGGGGAAUCGUGGUUUCUAAUGGCUGAGUCUACUCGGUGAUUCUGUUUUGUAUCCGUCACGAGAAGAAUUAUAAUAAAGUUUGUAACUUUUUUUUUUUUUCUAGGUGUGAGUUUGUGUUUGUUUCCAGAGAAAAGUUCGAAUCUUUUUUCUUUUUCGGUGUUUGUAAAAGGGAAAGGUGUAUUCUUGGGGGGAAAAAGUCUUUGUUUUUUCUUUCUUCUCUUGUGUUUUUGGUAUUUGAGCUCUUAAAAAGGAUAGAUUUUGUCUUUGUGUCACCCUUUCGAGAGAUUACACGAAGAAAAGCCUCUGCUAUGUGUUUUCAAGUCGUUAAGGAAAACAUAAUUCGAGGUAAUGUGAUUUGUGAAGUCACUCCAAGUGCUUAGGAUUUUGAGAUGGUUUAGAUUUGAUUGGAGAUUUGGAGUUGUUUCUUCAAGCUGUGGAGUUUGUGGUGGAUUAGGAAGCUCUGUGUCUCCUUUUUUUAGUAUGUUGUGGUUUUUUUAAGGUUUUCUUCUGUUAGAAAAAGAGUAGACUUUGGUUAUCAUUUGGAGGGGUGAUUACAGUCAGUUGUGGAUUCUGUGACUGUGAUUAAGAAGAAGAUUAGUUUUGAGGAGUAAUGGCAAUGUCUUGCAAGGAUAAGUUGGGAUGUUUGGACAAUGGGAAGUAUGUGAGAUACACACCUGAACAAGUUGAAGCACUUGAGAGGCUUUAUCAUGAAUGUCCUAAACCGAGUUCUAUUCGCCGUCAGCAGCUGAUCAGAGAGUGUCCUAUUCUCUCUAACAUUGAGCCUAAACAGAUCAAAGUGUGGUUUCAGAACCGAAGAUGUAGAGAGAAACAAAGGAAAGAGGCUUCACGGCUUCAAGCUGUGAAUCGGAAGUUGACGGCAAUGAACAAGCUCUUGAUGGAGGAGAAUGAUAGGUUGCAGAAGCAAGUGUCACAGCUGGUCCAUGAAAACAGCUACUUCCGUCAACAUACUCACAAUCCUUCACUCCCAGCCAAAGACACAAGCUGUGAAUCGGUGGUGACGAGUGGUCAGCACCAAUUGGCGUCUCAGAAUCCUCCAAGAGAUGCUAGUCCUGCAGGACUUUUGUCCAUUGCAGAAGAAACUUUAGCAGAGUUUCUUUCAAAGGCAACUGGAACCGCUGUUGAGUGGGUACAGAUGCCUGGAAUGAAGCCUGGUCCGGAUUCCAUUGGAAUCAUCGCUAUUUCUCAUGGUUGCACUGGUGUGGCAGCACGUGCCUGUGGCCUAGUGGGUCUUGAGCCUACAAGGGUUGCAGAGAUCGUCAAGGAUCGUCCUUCGUGGUUCCGCGAAUGUCGAGCUGUUGAUGUUAUGAAUGUGUUGCCAACCGCCAAUGGUGGAACCAUUGAGCUGCUUUACGUGCAGCUCUAUGCACCAACUACGUUGGCCCCACCACGCGAUUUCUGGCUGUUGCGUUACACCUCUGUUUUAGAAGAUGGCAGCCUUGUGGUCUGUGAGAGAUCUCUUAAGAGCACUCAGAACGGUCCUAGUAUGCCACUGGUUCAGAAUUUUGUUAGAGCAGAGAUGCUUCCCAGUGGGUACUUGAUACGGCCUUGUGAUGGUGGUGGCUCAAUCAUACACAUAGUGGAUCAUAUGGAUUUGGAGGCUUGUAGCGUGCCUGAGGUCUUGCGCCCGCUCUAUGAGUCACCAAAAGUACUUGCACAAAAGACAACAAUGGCAGCACUGCGUCAACUCAAGCAAAUAGCACAAGAAGUUACUCAGACUAAUAGUAGUGUUAAUGGAUGGGGACGGCGUCCUGCUGCCUUAAGAGCUCUCAGUCAGAGGCUAAGCAGAGGUUUUAAUGAAGCUGUUAACGGUUUCACUGAUGAAGGAUGGUCAGUGAUAGGAGAUAGCAUGGAUGAUGUCACAAUCACUGUUAACUCUUCUCCAGACAAGCUAAUGGGUUUAAAUCUUGCAUUUUCCAAUGGCUUUGCUCCAGUAAGCAGUGUUGUUUUAUGCGCAAAAGCAUCCAUGCUUUUACAGAAUGUUCCUCCAGCGAUCCUGCUGCGGUUUCUGAGGGAGCAUAGAUCAGAAUGGGCUGACAACAACAUUGAUGCGUAUUUAGCUGCAGCAGUUAAAGUGGGGCCUUGUAGUGCCCGAGUUGGAGGAUUUGGAGGCCAAGUUAUACUUCCACUUGCUCAUACAAUAGAGCAUGAAGAGUUCAUGGAAGUCAUCAAACUGGAAGGUCUUGGUCAUUCACCUGAAGAUGCAAUCGUUCCAAGAGAUAUCUUCCUGCUUCAACUUUGUAGCGGAAUGGAUGAAAGUGCUGUAGGAACCUGUGCUGAACUUAUAUUUGCUCCAAUCGACGCUUCUUUUGCUGAUGAUGCACCUCUGCUUCCUUCUGGUUUUCGUAUUAUCCCUCUUGAUUCCGCUAAGGAAGUAUCUAGUCCAAACCGAACCUUGGAUCUUGCUUCGGCACUGGAAGUUGGUUCAGCUGGAACAAAAGCCUCAACUGAUCAAUCAGGAAACUCGACAUGUGCAAGAUCUGUGAUGACAAUAGCAUUUGAGUUUGGUAUCGAGAGCCAUAUGCAAGAACAUGUAGCAUCCAUGGCUAGGCAGUAUGUUCGAGGUAUCAUAUCAUCUGUGCAGAGAGUAGCAUUGGCUCUUUCUCCUUCUCAUAUCAGUUCACAAGUUGGUCUACGCACUCCUUUGGGUACUCCUGAAGCCCAAACACUUGCUCGUUGGAUCUGCCAGAGUUACAGGGGUUACAUGGGUGUUGAGCUACUUAAAUCAAACAGCGAAGGCAAUGAAUCUGUUCUUAAGAAUCUUUGGCAUCACACGGAUGCUAUAAUCUGCUGCUCAAUGAAGGCCUUGCCCGUCUUCACAUUUGCAAAUCAGGCAGGACUUGACAUGCUGGAGACUACAUUAGUUGCUCUUCAAGACAUCUCUUUGGAGAAGAUAUUUGAUGACAAUGGAAGAAAGACUCUUUGCUCUGAGUUCCCACAGAUCAUGCAACAGGGUUUUGCCUGCCUUCAAGGUGGGAUAUGCCUGUCAAGCAUGGGGAGACCAGUUUCGUAUGAAAGAGCAGUUGCUUGGAAAGUACUAAAUGAAGAAGAGAAUGCUCAUUGCAUCUGCUUUGUGUUUAUCAAUUGGUCCUUUGUUUGAGAUUUGCUGUAUUUGUUCUCUUUUUUUCAGACGAAGCUUUUGCCUUUUGGCUGUUCUAAAACGGUCAGGUUGUUUUUCUUGAUGUUGCUGUGAACACAUAAACAGUGUUUUUUUUGAAAACUCAAGAAUUAUUUGCUUUGUUGUAAUUUGAUUAUGAGUGAUGGAUGAUGAUGAUGAUCCUUUUCUUUUCUA